UGCCAUCCAUAGCUAAACCAACCCCACUUUCUUAUUCUUUCUGUUGAUUUCUCGUUCCUAUAUAUCUUCUUCUUGACUUCUAUCUUGAUGAUCAAUAAUUCAAAGCUGCUAAGGGCUGCCAGCAGCAAUCUUGUUGGCCUUCGAUAAUGGAUGAACCAGUGGCUUCCAAUUCUUGUGAUGAUACUAAAACUGGUACAACUUGUCCUAGAGGUCACUGGAGACCUGCUGAGGAUGAUAAACUCAGGCAACUUGUUGAACAAUAUGGUGCACAGAACUGGAAUUCUAUUGCUGAGAAGCUCCAAGGAAGAUCAGGGAAGAGUUGCAGAUUGAGGUGGUUUAAUCAACUCGACCCUAGAAUCAACAGGAAACCAUUUACAGAAGAAGAAGAGGAGAGACUACUGGCGGCUCAUCGUAUUCAUGGAAACAAGUGGGCUCUAAUAGCCAGACUAUUUCCAGGUCGAACUGACAAUGCUGUGAAGAACCACUGGCAUGUAAUAAUGGCAAGAAAACAAAGGGAACGAUCCAAACUAAGUGGAAAGAGAAGUUAUCAAGAAGGCCUCAGUGAUUCCAGCUCCACCCCUGAUGAUCUUCAUCCAAGAAAAUCAAGAUCUCAAGACCUAUUUAGCUCAAGAAUUGGAUUUGAAAACGGCACUAGAGUGUUAAAUUUUCGAAACCUCAGUGCAGACAGGAUAUUCUCAGUCGUCUCUUCUUCACCUUCAUGGACUUUUGCCCCAGCAGCCAUAACAGUUUCCAACACUUCACCUUCAGCAGUUGAACAUUUAUCAUCAAGAAAAGAAGGAAGAGAUUGCUUCAAUAAUUCUAGUUUCUACACCACCGAGAGCUUCAAUAUUUCAGAUCACACAUCUAUUUACAGAUGCUAUCCAAAAUCUUCCAUGCACAGGAGUUCAACUGUGUUUGGGCUUCCAAAUUACAGAAGGGUUGUUCCAAGUCCUUUUGGGUACUUAAAACUCGAAGAUGAACAUGAAAACAAUAUUGGCAUGAUCAAGAACGAGCAGGUGAAUUUUUGGGAUAAUUCAUCCAUGUUCAAGAAUAAUAUGAAAGUGAGUAAGCAAGCAGAACAAGGAGAUCAAGAAUCUAUCAGACACGAGGAGGUUCAAUUCAUAGAUUUUCUUGGUGUGGGUAUAUCUUCUUGAUCACCAAAGAAAAAAGCUUUUUUUGUUUUUUUUUUCCUUUUUCUAUUUAUAAUUAUAUAUAUAUUUGUCAUAUAAAUGGUAGUUUUAGCUUCACUCUUUGAUCAUCUUGUGAAAAUUGUUCAAGGCAUGCAAAUGAAGUAGCAGUAGUUCAGCUGUCA